AUGGGGGGGACAGGGAUCCAGGGGUGGUACAGUGUCACCGCCUUCGAGCACAAUGUGCAGGCCCUGAGCGCACAGUGUCACCGAACCUUCGAGCACGACGUGCAGACCCUGAGCACCCAGGUGUCCCAGGUGCAGGAGGCCGCCGCCCGCCUGACCGAGGCCUACGCUGGGCCACGUGCGGAGGAGCUGCGGGCGCAGGAGGGUUUGGUGAGCGCGGCCUGGGCCGAGCUCCGCGGGCGCUGCCAGCGCCGCCGCCGCCUCCUCGGGGACACCGUGGAGCAGUUCCGGUUCCUCCGCGCCGCCCGCGACCUCCGGCUCUGGAUGGACGGGAUGCACCUGCAGCUGCAGGCCCGGGAGCGCCCCAGGGAUGUGACAGCAGCCGAGCUGCUGAUCCAGCAGCACCAGGGGCUCCGGGCCGAGCUGGACGCGCGCGGCGGCUCCUUCGAGUCGUGCGUGGCUGCGGGGACGGCGCUGCUGCAGCGCGGCCACCACGAGGCCGACAAGCUGUCCCAGGAACUGGCCGAGCUGCAGGAGCGGCGCCGGGACAUCGGGAAGCGCUGGCAGGACAAGCUGGACUGGUUGCAGACCGUGCUGGAGGUGCUGGUGUUUGGCCGCGAUGCUGCCAUG